AUGCCUACGAAAAAGGUCCGUCAGAGCGAACGGCGUAGGUGUGUUAAGGCCUGCGGGAAUUGCAAGCGGCGCAAGGAGCGCUGCGAUGGUCAGCAACCCUGCAGACGGUGCGUGAUCCGUAGAGUUGAAGGCGAUUGUGCCUUCGCCGGUCUACCCAUGAACCUUGCUCCUCCCGACCCUCUGUCUGCGAAAACUCCCGACUGUUCCGGCCUUCACGAAAGCCCAGCCUGCCGAGAUCACUUCAACCCGUACACUUCUCCACAAAUCAGCCAUCUCUCUCGGUCUGCUGUGGUACCGCAAGUGUCCAGACUCAUAGCAGAUGGAAAAGGUCGCCUUAUGUUCAUUGGCGAUGCAGCCAACUUGGCUUUUUUGAAAGUCAUCCGCCGCCUGGUACGUGAACUUCUAGGAUCAUGUCCCUUUACGGACGAUCCUCUGCGCCAUAUCAUGGUAGAGGCGACUCCAGAAGGACGUCCGAAAUGGAUUAUCACAAACCCGGCAGAUAUCCCGGCGAAGCCCAGUGAAGAACAGGCAAGAUAUCUGUUGCGUUGGUAUUUGCGAGCAACCAACUGUAUUCUUGACAUCUUUGACGAAGCGAUGCUUCGAAAGGACAUUGAGAGCUGGUUGCGCGGAGACCCCGCCAGUCAGGACGAGGAGGCGAUGAGCUGCAUCUUCUUUCUUGCACUUGGUAUCGGAGCACAACGCUGCCCUGAAGAUCGAGAUGCUGAUUCUGAGAAAUAUUUCCAUUACGGGCGGUUUCUCGCCGUCUCGUACGUCAUGGAGAAUCCGACAUACAACACUGUGCGCAGCUACAUCCUCAUCACCAUCUACCUCCUCGGUGCAUCGCGGCGAAACUCGGCUUUCAUGCACUUGGGCGUCGCUGUCCGCGCCGCGUAUACGCUGGGUAUUCACCGGAAAGACAAUCCCACGCUAUUCUCGGCGCAAGAGCAAGACACUCGGGAGCGGUUAUGGAGAUCCCUCCGUGUCCUCGAUUUAUUCUUGAGCGUCUCCCUGGGCCGUCCACUGGUCACUUCUGAGACCCGUGAUACGGCGGGCACAGAAGAUUACUCGGCUUCUCUGGACCUCUGCACCAUCCUUGAGUCCAUUCUCAACGACGUCUACGCUAAGCGUAUGGUAUCAACCGAUGUUCUAGAGCGAAUCAGUGAGCAACAUCGCCGCUGGGCCGCGAAAUUCAACGAUAGUCUUGCUGCUGAUGGUGUAAAUACGAACGAACCCGUCGAUGUAGAAGACGAAACGUAUCCCAACAUGGGGCUUUACUACAUGAAGGAGGCAUACUACUGGAGCAUAAUGCUCUUAUCACGGCCGUUUCUUAUCGACUUUGUUUCGAGAAACGUUGCGCGAUCUCAGUCACCAUCAAUGUGGAUUUAUGACAACUCGCUCCGCUCAUCGCCGUCGGAUCAGCUUCUUGUGCAUGCUUGCGUGGACUCGGCAAUUCGCACAGUUGAGCUUCUGGCUGGUCUUAUUCCAGAUACGACUGUUGCUAAACGACACCCCUUCCUGAUUAACUCCGUAUUUGUAUCAGCAUUAGUCCUUGGGCUAGCAGUCUUCGGUGACUUAGACAGCACCUUUCCCUUGGAUCACGGGUUGAACGACGCACAGGCGCUUCUACGCAAGUUCAGCAGACAUGACCCCGUUGCAAACAGGGAACUCUCAAUCGUGGAGCAUCUUCAGAGCGCUUGCGCUCUUUACAAGGAGAAAAGAGUCCGAAAGAAAAUGGAGUUUCAAAGAAUGCUCGUUGGCGAGUUGUUUGGCAGCGUCCACGUAGGAGUCUUGUCAGCGGAAACAUCCAGGUUUGAGCCAAGCCUUUUCCCUCGAGUCAAUGGGAAUUCCAAAGACACAGUAACUACCCAUUCAGAGAUGGGAGAGACAAACAGCAUGAGUCAAGGUGGCUUGUUAUCGACUGGAAUCCAGACACUCACGCCGUCAACGGAUAUCUUGCUACCGAUUUCGCCCAGAACCCUGCUCUUCGAUUCAUAUGGACAAGAUAUGCCAUUCUUCCCCACCAUGGAUGCUAGCAUGGCUGACGCCGUGGACCAGGCUAAGUCCAAGGGGCCCCAGAUUGGUGGCUUCGCCAGUCUGUACUACCAAUACUUCGAGAUGAUCACCGAAGGCGACUACAUUUUCCUCAAGCUAAGGAAGCCUAUAGAGGUUGCCGUCAAGCACAUAGACGAGAGCGAGAAGCUAUUAAAAGGACUCUGGAUGAGGAAUGAGGUCAAGAUGUUGCUUUAA